CUGAACGGAGGCGGAGUCUCCGUCGAUGGCUACGGGAAGCGCAGCUGCAUGAGCGAUGAUCUCUCAUUGAGCCCGCACUCGCUCCGUGUUUUUACCGCCACGGUUUUCCCCCGGAACGGCACCUGUUCCCGCGAGCGCCGCUCACGGAAGAUCCCCGAGGGGAGGAGAGCGAGGACCGCGGGGCCUCGUGCGGGCGGCGGAUAGCCAGGCAGGCCAGGAACGCCCGAAUCCGGUUUGAUGCUGGCGGCCCGUCCGCCCUUUAAACGCGGAUGCUGCUGCAUUCAUAAGGGAUCGCCGGAAAAAUUCGGACUCGACGUCCUCUGUUUUUGCAUUCGACGCCGAUCGGCAAACCGCAUUCGCUCGGACGGACCGUGAGAGGCGCGGCAGACACGGCAGCAUCCUUCCGUACCUGCGGUUCCCCAGCGCCUGAUAGGCCCAGAGUCAUGGGCAACACGCCGGCCGCCAAACGGGGCAACGAGAUGGAAAGCGUCAAAGAGUUUCUGGCCUUCGCCAAAGAAGAUUUCCUCAGGAAAUGGGAGAGUCCUGCACAGAAUACAGCAUGUUUGGAGGACUUUGACCGGUUGAAAACUCUGGGCACAGGUUCAUUUGGCCGGGUGAUGUUGGUCAGACACAGAGAGACCGGGCAGCACUACGCCAUGAAGAUUCUCAACAAACAGAAGGUGGUGAAACUGAAGCAAAUCGAACACACUCUGAACGAGAAGAGGAUACUACAGGCCGUCAGCUUCCCUUUCUUAGUUCGGCUUGAAUACUCCUUCAAGGAUAAUACUAAUCUCUACAUGGUGAUGCAGUACGUCCAGGGAGGAGAGAUGUUUUCACACCUGCGUAGAAUCGGCAGGUUCAGUGAACCUCAUGCACGGUUCUAUGCUUCACAAAUAGUUUUGACAUUUGAAUAUCUGCAUGCGCUUGACCUGAUCUACAGAGACCUUAAACCAGAGAACCUCCUCAUAGAUCAGCAGGGCUAUAUCCAGGUGACAGAUUUUGGUUUUGCCAAGCGAGUCAAGGGUCGCACGUGGACGUUGUGUGGCACACCCGAGUACCUCGCUCCAGAGAUUAUCCUCAGCAAGGGUUAUAAUAAGGCUGUGGACUGGUGGGCUCUUGGUGUGCUCAUGUACGAGAUGGCUGCCGGUUACCCUCCAUUUUUUGCAGAUCAACCCAUUCAGAUCUAUGAAAAGAUAGUCUCAGGAAAGGUACGAUUCCCAUCUCACUUCAGUUCUGACCUGAAGGAUCUGCUGAGAAACCUGCUGCAGGUGGACCUGACAAAACGCUACGGCAACCUUAAAAACGGAGUUAAUGACAUCAAAGGACACAAGUGGUUCUCCACUACUGACUGGAUAGCCAUUUACCAACGACGGGUGGAGGCCCCAUUUGUGCCUAAAUGCAGAGGUCCAGGGGAUACCAGCAACUUUGAUGACUACGAGGAAGAAGAGAUCCGCGUGUCGUUCACGGAGAAGUGUGGGAAAGAAUUUGCCGAGUUUUAGAGGAAGAGGUGAUAAAAACAGUCAGAAUGAGA